AUGGAUAAACCGGGGGACAAGGACCGAGAUAAGCUUGGUGAGAGUCAAGACACCAGCAGUAGUGAAACCGGUAGUCGGCAUUCCAGUUCCGCGGAAAUCUACGGUGGGGAUACCAUCAGUAACGAGGAUAAAAAAGCGAUAUUUCUUGACAAAGUCAAACAGAGCAAUGAGGCAUGUCAGAACGGUGAUUUUCAAAAAGCGACACGUCUCUAUACAGAAACUAUAUCGCUCGAUCCAACCAAUCAUGUGUUGUACAGCAAUCGAUCGGCGGCCUUCAUCAAAAUGCAGCAAUAUGAGAAAGCAUUGCAGGAUGCUGUCACAGCAAAAGAACUGUGCCCAAAGUGGGCUAAGGCUUACUAUCGACAGGGUCUCGCUUUACAACAUCUGGGACGCCAUGCAGAUUCCUUGGCUGCGUUCUCCUCGGGACUCUCGCAAGAUCCGAAGAGUUUACAGCUGUUGGAGGGUUUGGUGGACGCGGCAAUAAAGUCUCCGCUCAAAGCCACCUUGGAGCCGACGUACAAACAGCUGGAAAAAAUGAAACUGGAAAAAAGUCCGUUUGUUGUGAUUUCUGUCAUUGGUCAAGAGCUCUUAGCAGCGGGAUACCAUGGGUCAUCUUUAACUGUCUUGGAAUCUGCCCUCAAAAUCGGUACCUGCAGUUUAAAGCUGAGAGGAUCUGUAUUUUCUGCUCUAAGCAGUGCACACUGGGGACUCGGCAAUAUAGACAAGGCCAUAUCAUACAUGCAGCAAGACCUUUCGGUAGCGAAAUCGUUAGGUGACAAUGAAGGAGAGUGUAGAGCCCACGGUAAUCUUGGGUCGGCGUACUUUUCAAAGGCUAACUUCAAAGAAGCUCUCGCACACAAUCGAUUUCAGUUGGUUUUAGCCAUGAAACAAAAAGACAGAAAAGUAGCUGCCAACGCACUGAGUAGUCUCGGUCAUGUGUACUCGGCAAUAGGGGACUACCCUAAUGCCUUGGCUAGUCACAAGCAGUGUGUGGUACUCACAAGGCAGCUGAACGACAAGCUUUUCGAAGCUCGAGAAAUUGGCAACGUCGGAGCGGUGUAUUUGUCAAUGGGGGACUUUGAUAAUGCCCUUGAAUGCCACAAGCAGCACCUGGCCGUCGCCAAGGAACUGCAAAAUAAAAACGAGGAGGCAAGAGCGUAUAGCAAUUUAGGUAGUGCGUACCAUUUUAAAAGGAAAUUUCAACAUGCUGUGCAGUACCAUACCCAAGUCUUGCAGAUCGCUAAAGAGUUAGAAGACAGGACGGUGGAAGCGCGUGCAUAUGCCGGGCUGGGACACGCUGCCAGAUGUAUGGGUGACUUGGAACGUGCCAAGCAUUGCCAUGAACAGCAACUGAACAUUGGGCUCAGUACGAAAGACAAAGUUAUGGAAGGACGGGCAUGCUCGAAUUUAGGAAUUAUAUAUCAGCAGCAGGGACAGUAUGAUACGGCGCUCAAGUUACACAAAGCCCAUUUGACAAUUGUCCAUGAACUUGAGGAUCGUCCCGGGCAAGGGCGAGCAUUUGGAAAUAUGGGAAACGCUUACAGCGCCCUCGGGCAAUUUGAGGAGGCUGUCAAAUAUCAUAAACAGGAAUUGGCGAUCUCAAAGGAGGUUGAUGAUCGGUCGUCGGAAGCAUGCACGCAGGGAAACCUCGCCAUUGCGUAUCAGUCGCUGGGCUUUCGCGAUAAAGCCUUGGAACACUACCACUGCCAUCUGUCGGUUGCGCGAGAACUCAAGGACAAACCCAGUGAAGCCCGUGCCUUAAGUAACUUAGGAAAUUUCUACAGUGCACAAGGAGAGUUUUCUAACUCGGUGCCGUAUUAUGAACAGUUUCUCGCACUUUGUAAAGAUAUGUGUGACACAGAGGGUGAAGGGCGCGCAUAUCACUACCUUGGGUAUGCGCAUUAUUCACUUGGCACUUUCAAGGAUGCUGUUCAUUUUUAUGAACAAGAUCUUGCCCUUGCCCGGAAGAUGCAGGACAAAGUGUCCAUGGGAAGGGCUUAUUGUAAUCUUGGGCUUGCCCACAAGACACUGGGAAAUUACGACGAGGCGUUUGACUGCCAAAAGUUUUUCCUCACUGUUGCCCAUCAGUUGAAAAACACGCCGGGGAAGUUUCGUGCCAUGGGGAAUUUAGGCGAUAUAUGCAUGGCUAAAAAUGAGGUCAACAAUGCUAUUAAAUUUUAUGAGCAGCAGUUGGUUCUUGCGACGAACGUUCGGAAUAAGAAUUUGGAAGCGACUGCAUAUGGCAUGCUCGGUUCUGCUCAUCGGAAGGUCGGGAAACUUGACCAAGCACUGACUUAUCACACGCAGGAAUUGAAAAUGUUUAAGGAGUUGAAUAAUUUGAAGGGGACGUGUAAAGCUCAUGGACACUUAGGAGCAGUGUAUACGUCCCUCGCGAAAUUUACAGAGGCCUACAUGUGUUACGAGGAUCAGUUGGAGACAAGUCAGGAACUGAAAGAGACGCUUACCGAGGCACAGGCAUUUGGAAACCUUGGAAUUACCAAGAUGAAUAUGGGAAACUUUGAAGAUGCUCUGGGGCAUUUUGAACAGCAGCUGGCAACAUUGGAACAAGUAACCAAUCAAAAUGGUGUGGUUGAUAGGGGCCGCGCUUACGGCAAUAUGGGAGAAUGUUAUGAAGCUCUAUGUGAUUUUGAUGAAGCUGUGAAAAACUAUGAACAGUGUCUUGUCAUUGCACAGAAAACGAACAACGCUAACGAUCAGGAUCGUGCUUACCGCGGUCUUGGGAACGCCCACCGAGCUAUGGGAAACCUACAGCAAGCUUUAGUGUGUUUCGAGAAGCGGCUCGUUGUCGCUCAUGAGUUGAACAAUGUAUCCGCCAAGGGCUCAGCCUAUGGAGAAUUAGGGUGUCUUCAUAGUUUACUGGGUAAUUUUGAACAAGCGAUAUCAUGCCUCGAACAUCAGUUGAAAAUUGCGCAGGAAAUGCGAGACAGGGGUGGGGAAGCUGACGCCGCGUGUGGAUUAGGCGGUGUUUACCAGCAGAUGGGUGAGUAUGAUAAAGCUGUGCAGUAUCACCAGAUGGACUUGACAAUUGCAGAGGACAUGAACAAUCCUUCAUGCCAAGGACGUGCUUACGGUAAUCUGGGAGUUACUCACGAGUCGCUUGGGAAUUAUGAACAAGCAAUACUUUAUCAAGAACAGCACUUGAGCAUUGCCGCUCAGAUGAACGACCGAGUUGCUAAGACACUCGCAUACAGCAGCUUGGGGCGGAUUCACCAUGCAUUGGCCAACUAUCCACAGGCUGUGACUUAUUUACAACAAGGAUUACACAUUGCUGAUCAGCUCGGACGAAAAGAGGACGAAGCCAAGAUCCGUCAUCGGCUCGGACUUGCCUUGUGGGCAAACGGAAGUCUGGAGGAUUCGCAACACCAGUUGUACAAAGCCGCUGAGUUGUUUGAAAACAUUCGCCGGGAGUUACAAUUCAGCAACGAUUACCGACUCAACCUGUUUGAUCUUCAAACUGCAUCGUACCAAGCAUUACAGCGAGUUCUUGUGGAGCUCGGUAGACACAAUGAAGCCUUGGCUGUGGCAGAGCGAGGCAGGACUAGAGCUUUUGUGGAUUUGUUAAUGGAGCGGCAGACAGGAAAGUCUGAUAACCUGUCUGAUGCCAUGGACAGUAUGUUGAUGACCACGGAUCAGAUCGUAGAGGCUGUUAAGAAACAAUCCUCUACGGUGAUUUAUUAUUCCAUUGCAGCUGGCCAUCUAUAUAUGUGGAUUAUCACUCCUAAGCAAGGUGUUGUCAAGUUCAAUGAAUGUCAUCUCAGUGAUCUUGAACUUGACAGUGAAGGUGCCCCAGACAGCUCAUCAUCAUCAGAGAGCAACACCUCGAUGAACACCAUUAUGAACUCUACUACCUCAACUCAACUUGACCAGUAUAUUCAGUAUGCGCGUGACAGUCUUGGUGUAGAUGUCUCCCCUGUACUGGGUAGGGGUGAGAUCGCGAGCGAGACGGAAAGUGAGGCUGACGACAUAUUACAGCAGCACCUGGAUGAGAUCAGCCGCAAGAUAAGUGCCGAAAGCGGGGAAAGUAAUGAUGCCGUUCAGCGCAGUCACGUACUCAGCGGCAGUUCUCACAGUCUCAACAGUUUGUUCAGUCAAUUAAGCGGCAGCUAUGGCGGUAGGGAUACAGUGAGGCGACGGAGAGUGUGGUCGGGAAAACCUCCUUUAAAAACUCUCUAUGACCUUUUGAUAGGACCUCUUGAAGAUGCUUUACCAAAACAGAAUGGUCCAGAUACACCACCAAGAGAACUCAUCCUAGUUUUACAAGGUGACCUUCACUUAGUGCCAUUCGGCGUCCUGAAAGGGUCAUCGAGCCAAGCCUGCCUCUUUGAAAGAUUCAAAUUGAGGGUUGUGCCGUCGCUAAGAGCGUUGAACGCCAGCAUCAAGACUAACCAACAACAGACGUACAGUUCUAGCACUCUCCCCGCAUUGAUCAUAGGCAAUCCAAAGUUACCGCAGUCGGCCAAGCAGAGAUGGGGUUGGGGUAGUUUGGUGAAUGCAGAGCAGGAAGCAAGGAUUGUUGGUGAUAUCGUCGGUAUUAAGCCACUGAUUGGUAGUGCUGCCACAAAGGAAAUGGUCCUGAAAACCAUCUGCCAGGCUGAAUGCAUUCACUUUGCAACACACAUAUCUUGGAAACUAUCUGCUAUUAUCCUGUCACCCAGUGAAUACACUAUGCCGAGCAAAGGGUCGUCUCGUAUGCACAGUGACGAGAGUGAUCUUGACAGUAACUCGGACAUGCCCGCAUUGAACGAGUUCUUACUCACUGCCGCCGAUAUCCUCAAUCUGGAACUGUCGGCUAAACUGGUCGUCCUCAGUGCGCAUAAUCAUGAUCUAAGAAUCGGACAGAUAACCUCUGAUGGACUUAUCGGGCUGGUGAGAGCAUUUUUGACAGCCGGUGCUCAGGCUGUUGUGGUGCCGCUAUGGCCCGUCAAGGAAGUCUCUUCUAAGCUGCUGAUGCGAGAGUUCUACACACAUCUGUUACAAGGCACGGUUACGAGUUACGCUUUGAAUGAAGCCAUGCGUAGCGUUCACGCCGUGAAGCAGUAUAGUCAUCCCGCGAACUGGGCCGGGUUUAUGGUGAUUGGUGGCGAUGUCAAACUUAGCAAUAAAACCAUGAUGUUUGGUAAUGCCCUUGGUGAAGUUCUAUCAACGCCGACGAAAUGUAGGGAAGCUAUGCGAGUGUUACUUCACUUGGUUGAGAAAUCACUACAGAGGAUUCACCGUGGACAGAGAAAUCCCAUGUACACAACGCAACAAAGUAUCAUGAAGAAAGUUGGUCCGGUCAGCGGUUGGAGAGAACUCCUCCUCUCGGUUGGGUUCAAGUUUGAAGCGACCUCCAAAGACAUUCCGGCAUCGGUGUUUUUCCCGCAGGCUGAUCCAGGUGAACGACUGAUGAAAGCCAGCGCCAGUCUGCAGGCUUUGCUCGGCUUGUCUGCAGAGAUGAUUAUCGGAUUGUCACGGUUACUACGUGCCCCGGAAACAGCAUAUGGCAUUAUACGAUUGUUGAAAACAGCCAUUGCUCGCUACAACAAAGACAGCAGUCUGCAAGUAACACUUAGUGCCCAGCAGUGGAAAACCCAUGGAUGUCAUGAAUUUUUGGCAGCACUCGGUUUUGAUCUGAUUGGAUAUGCAAAUGAUGAGGUGUUGCUACAUAGUGGCAAACAAGGCAGUAAGAGAAUGCUUCACUUUGCCCUGCAGUCAAUGUUGGCAGUAUUCGAUCCAUCUGAAGCGCUUAAAGCACUGCCGUUGGAACCAUCUUCAUCCCUGGAAAGUCUUACAUCAUCCAAAUCAGGACCCUCGAUAUCGGCAGUUUCUUUGUCUGCGUCCUCAUUGUCUGGCAUGUCUAUCAUAUCCAGCCAUUCACUGAAGGGCUCCUCGGGCAUGAAUCGUCAAGAUGACUCUCAGAGGAGGUCAUCAGGUCAUUAUCCAAUGGAGAGAUCACCGUAUAUGCCCACAUCGCAUUCCACUCCGUAUGGAUUAUCUAGAGACGAUUAUGGAUAUUGUGCUGUUCAUGGUCGACGCAAUGCUAGCACGCACUCUUUGGAUAGUGAUAUUGAAUUCACACCUAAGACUUCAUCUAUUCUCAGUAGUACGUCCAGCUUAGAGGAUGUGGUGCGCACGUCAGACCAUGAUAAACCGAAAAAGUAUGGAUCCAAUGAAAAGCUUCUGGAGAAGAGUAAGACCAGGAAGGGAAGUCCGAGCAGUGGUUCAACCAAUUUCGCUUUCCAAAAUAAUGAAGAAGAGGAGGAUAUCUUUGCUGGAAGUACAAGAACACGCGGUCCAAAGCCAAAAGCAAAAAAAGCUACAACUAUAAGUCCCGUCGGAGGCCGUCCUCGAUUAGGGUCUAGUGGGACACCUUCUCCAGUUAACCGCUCAAAAAUUGGAUCUGCCGGGGGACAAGACAGCAUUCGUAAUUCACCGAAUAAUCAAUACUCCCCGACAACUGCAGCUCUAAGUCUUGGUGGGAAUAGACCAAGUGCGUUUGUGAAACCAACUACAGCAAAGACGAGCACUACCCCAACUGGACCGGAGGCCAUUGCUCUGAAAGUUCUCUGUGAUACAAGGAAGCAUAUGGAAGCUGUGGAGAUGAUGCAGAGGCAGGUGUCGCCCGGUCACAAUACAUUGUGUAUUGCAGAAGAACCGGAGAUAGAGGAGAGUUCGGUCAUUAUUGAUAAUGACAUUGAAAUAACUGAGAUGAUUGAUGAGGAAGAUGAACAGGACAAUGAGGACCUGUAUUUUUCAGAGAGGUCGUCCAAUGCAUAUGACAUUACACCAACUAACAGCGAAUCAGGUCGAGGCGUUAAAAAGAUGAGUGUGAAACCACAGAUGCAGCGCAACCGUGUUAGUGAGGAUUUGUCCGAUACUGAUACGGCGAGUACAGUAACUGAACGGAAGGUGAAUAAGCCCAGUGUCAGCAGCCAACACAGCGGGUUAACUCCACCAGAUACACCACCGCCGAAGUACCAACCACCUUCUCCCGGUAAAUCUAAAACAACACCUUUGAAGCCGGUGCCUCCACCCUUGAAAGCAAAACCUCCUAAAUCUGUGUACCAGAAGUCAUUGAAGGAGACAGAGCUGAAACAUGAAGAUGCCCGUCUGGAGAUCCGACGUCACACUGGGUCCUCCGUUACACCCAUGCGUAAAGUUAAAGCCGACCAUGAAGCAGUUUCGCCACGUGAAUCACCAGCAGAAGGGAAGCCAACUCAGGUACCAAAAAGUUCUUAUCAGGCACCUCAACAUUUAACAAAUGGCCCAGCUAUGAAACCAGUGAAAGCUGAACUGAAAACCUCUGCAGUGUCGCCACAGGAAUACAUGUCACCACCAGACUACCGGAAUUCCUAUAAAGGUCACCUCGACCGAAGUCCUGAAUAUCCCAGCUACUUGAACCGUCCAGGAAGUUCGGCUAGCACCACAAGUAGCAUGUACUCCUCGACAUCUUCAAUUCCAAGUAUUAUCUACAAUCCUAAUGGACGUGGACCUCUCCCUGCCAACAUGAGGUCAGACCAAACUGAGUUGAGACGAUAUGGAUCACACAGUAGAGACGGUUCUUUCUCGUCUCAGAGUAGCUCUGGAUCUAUGAACAAGCCGAGAAGCCGACAACCUCUGCGGGCUGAUAUUUUGGAAGAUGCUGCUUUAGUAGUUGAUGCAAGUGACUUGAGUUUGCCGCCAGACAUCGGCUUAGGUAAUAGCGAACAAAACAAUAGUCCUAACACUGCCAUAACAAACAAGGGACUUAAUUUUUAUAAACACACGAAUGGAGGACCAAAUUACAUGAAAGUUAUGCCCACUAGUCAUCAAAAUGGUCCAACGAAGCCUUCGUGCAAUUCACAAAAAUCAUCAAAAGAUUCCAAAUUACAAUCGUCGAUUUGCUGAUGAUAGCUGCAACUACCCCUUUGUGAAGCAUGUCAUUGUCCAUUGCUGGUAAUGGACGGACUAGUUAAUGGGGACUUGUGGGUGGAAGCAUUGUGAAUAUAUAAGCAUAACAUUUACAUAUUUAAAAUGUGACAGACGAGUAAAAUGAACAUGUGUGUAUUUCAGUCACGUUUCGUGUGGGGCUAUUCUACGAGCAUUUACUUAGCACGUUAAUCUGCUGUGGUUUGAAAUUGCUAAAACUCUUCGGUUAAAAAAUGGUGGAUCAAACUUACAACAUGCCCAUACAUGAAAGGGUAUAUCACCAUUGUACUCACUAUCACCUUGGAGAAGUGCUGCGCUUGAAAUUACUAAAAAAUUAAGCCUUAUUCUUAAAAUAUAUCUGCAGUAAAUAUUUAUUAUACAAUUAUAUUUCUGACUCAAUAAUUAUGCGUACAUUGUUGUUCAAAUGGUUGAGAGUAUUGGAAGCAUCCUUGCCAAACUUGUAACUCAAACCCAGUAAUAAAACAAAGUGGUUCACUGCUGUGAACUACCCCCUCUA